AUGAGAGAGGAAUCUGAUACAGCGGCCUUGAAUGAAAGGAUAUUGGAAUUCAAGAGUGAUCCAGAUAAACUUCGUCAGGCCUCUGAGUUUGUUGACGAACUGAUACAGCAAGCGAAAAAAGAGGCUGAGCUUAAACAGAAAGAUAAAGAGAAAAGCAAAUUUGAAACUCAAGACUCUGGCGUUGGUAAUUUAAAGAGACGGCUGGGAAGGGCUCGUGGCUUUGUGCUACGUGUUUUUGACGCUCUCUGCAACUGCACGCAAACCGCCGCCGCUGCCGCUCGUACAACCGCACGCAAUAAUCCGUUUGCAAAACGUUAG